AUGGACCAAGCUUUACAGGAAACCUUGGAGCGGACAGAUGGUAUUAUUGAAACCAUCGAGCAGCACCCUCCUCCUUCGAGACUCUUGUCUAGUGAGGAAAAAUCUCUUCAUGAAAAACUGUAUGACAUUUAUGUUGAGGAAUGUGAAAAAGAUCCUGAGGCAGAGGGCCUUCAAAGCAAUGUCAACUUGCUGGAGAAGCUGAUGAAGAAAGAGCCGUUGCCAUGUUUAGUGGUCAACCUGUACCCUGAAAAUCAGGGCUAUUCUCUCAUGCUCAAGGACAAACAUGGAGUCCUUGUAGAUCCCUUUUCAGUGAAAAGUGGGUCAUUUUCAGAGACUUUUCAUUUGCCUUAUGAUGUCGAGAAACUGCUCGAAUAUUUGGAUGCCGAAGAGUUACCUUCUCUUCUGAUUGAUAUCCUGGAAAAGUCUCCUGUGAAUGUUUUUCACCAUGGCUGUGUCAUAGCAGAAAUCCGAGACUACAGACAGUGCAGAGACAACAUCUACCCUCCUGGGGAGCUUUGUGCAGAGCCGGCUGUGUCACCCGCUGAGUCUUCUGCUGAGUCUUCUGCUGCUUACCAAACACGGCAUGUUCUAUUGCGUCCCACGAUGUAUCACAGUGAUGUGGAGUCUAUAACAAGUGAUAACCAUCAGUGGACUGAGGAAGAGAAACUUGAGCUGAAGAAGCAACUGAUUUUAGCUACAGAGGACCCCUCUGUUGCUGUCACCUACACAGCCAAUGACCUGCUGUUUAAUGAGCAGAAGAUGAUGACAGACUCCAUGAGACAAGGCUUCAAGAGGCAUGCAUGCCCCUCUAUGGAUCAACAGGAGGUACCAUCUGGGUGUAUUUGUCCCCCUGGCCUUGCAACAAUGACUCCUUUCAAAAAACAGGCAAAAAUAAGAACAGAUGACCCAUAUGACCUAAAUAUUGCUGGAGCAGAAACACGGAAGCAGAGACUCCGUGAGCUGACUAUGCCUUCAGAGAUGGAUAUGCAGAAAUACGUUAAAGGGAUGCCAUCUCUGCUCUUUGAUGAUGAAGAACCAAGCGUACUGGCAACUCCUGAGAUAAACUAUGAUUAUAUGUGUGAUAACGAAGAUGGUGAUCAGCUAUGGGAAAUGAAUCCAGAUAUCAUGAAGUCCCUGAAUGAACCACUUUUCUCUGCUGAAAUAGGGCCACUUCCAGAGGACAGAAGUGACAGCCACAUGUAUCUGCCUCACAUCUCACUGGAUGAUUAUUCAGAUGAGUUCAUGGCUAGGGUAAACACUGGGCCUAGGGAGACAGUGGGUGUGUACCAGGGAUCUGUCCAGAGCAAAGCCACAUGUCCAGGCAAGAUCCCUCAGAGGUCUAGUAGCUCAGUCCAUCCUCCUCAGCCCUCCCUGGGGAUGAACCCCACAAGCAGUCUGGUGCCAUCCUUAGAGAAGGAAAGCAGCCUUCCACUAGAUGCACUUGCUCCCAUCUCAAGACGGGGCUCCUCAGCUAUCAGCUGUGAUCGAGACACACCACCUGACCCUAAGGCAAUCCCUGUGGUCCAGCAGACCACUGUGAGAGAGAGCAGGGUUAACACCCUUCCUGAAGCUGGCCAAUCCAAUGUGAGGUCAUCAGAAACCAACCCAAAGGCCCAGCACUCCCCCAGAACCACUGGCGUGAAUCUGAUCGAUAUGGUAAAGUCUGUGCCAAAACCUCAUCUGGUGAGUAAUUUAACUGAGGUCCUAGGCUGCUCCACUAGUGUCCCAGCUGCUAAGGGAAUCACUCAAAAGAGCUUUCUACUAACCAGAGAGGCGCUAGCUGGGCCAGCACAGUGCACUGUGAAGUCACCUGUACAACUCAUUAUAAAUAAUACGUCAAAACCCCUAACUGUAAAACUUCCCCCUGGUUCUAUCAUUUUGUGCUCAGAGCCUCCGAAUCCUUCCCAGGAACAGCUGCAGCAACCAGAGCAUAUAUAUGUUUUGAUCCCCCAGGAUCAGCAGCUACCCAGGGAUCCUGUCCCCCCACAGCCAGUGUCACCAGCUUCCUCCCAAGGGUCUAACCCUGAGCAGUUGUCCUUGCCUCAGCAAACUAAUCACCUUAACACUGAGCAAACUGCUCUCCUUAACACUGGUGAGACGAGAGUGAUUCAACAGACCCAGACAUCUGUGCUGAGUGAGGUAGGUUCCACCCAGCAGAGUCACAUGCAGAACUCUCAUUCACAGAGCUUUCCGCUCUCUGACCCUAUUACAGCAGCGGCAAACCCAGACCUAGAAUAG